UCUUCAGAAAAUGAAAUGCUUGUUUUGGCUGCUAUAAUCCGACACCUGGAUCACAAAAAUGUUGUGCAUGAUUUACAAUUGAAGUCAGAUAUAGUUCAGAAUGCCACUUUCUUUGUACGACAACUGAAAUCAAGAGUAAUGACUGCUGAAGUUGGUGUAGUAAGUGAUUUGUGCAGGCAUUUAAGGAAAAGCCUUCAGGCCACAGUUGAAUCAGUUGGGCUACAAGAAUCAACCUGGAAUGACUCACUUCAAAAUUCCAUUGAGGAUUGCCUACUAGAAAUUAUAAAAGGAAUUGGAAACAUAUGUGUGAUCUUUGACAUGAUGUCAAUAACAUUGGAGAAGCUCUUGUCAAUGACACCGGACAAACUUUUGGCGACCACAAUUGUUUCCAGGGCAACCAUUAGAUCUUUGUUAGUUGUUGCUCAUAUUAUCUCUCUGGCAUCUACUAAUACUCAAUCACAGGUGUUUCCUGAUUCACUAUUGGCACAACUGUUGAAGACUAUGAUGCAUCCAGAUCUUGAAACUCGUGUUGGAGCCCAUCAGAUAUUUUCUGUACUUCUUGGACAAAAUCUUAAUCAUCCAAGGCGUGAAUCUGAGUAUCUCUUUGAAACAAAGAAGUGGCAAUCCAGAACAUCCUCAGUUUUUGAAUCUGCAACUGCUUUACUAGAGAAACUCAGAAAAGAGAAAGAAUGCUUAAAUGGAGAUAAGAAGGUACCUAAUGUCAAUGAUGGGACGAAGAUGAUAAAUUUGGGUGAUGAAGAAUGGAAGAAUAGUUGGAUUCAGAAAAAUUUACCAUAUUUUAGUACACUUAGUCGAUCUAUUAUUGACAGAAUUGUUACAUCUCCAAGUUCCUUGGACCAUGAUAUUGGCAUUAUGGGUCUAACUGAAGAUCAAACUACUCAAUUACUUUCAGCUUUCUGGAUACAGGCUAACUGGGUUAAUAAUAAGCCUAUAGAUUUUCAGGCUAUCGCUCAUUCUUUUGGCUUGACUCUUCUUUCUUCACAUCUCAAGGUGCGGAAUUCCAGUGCUAGCAGUGUUAUUCAUUCCUUCCACAUGCUAUUAUCUCUUACAAAGGUUUCUCUUGAUCCAAAUGGAUUGCUUUCACCUUCAUGUCAGAGGUCUCUAUUCACGUUGGCUACAGGGCUUUUAGCAUUUUCAGGAAAAAUAUUUCACAUUUAUGGAUUAAAUGAUUUGCUAAAAACUUUUCUGCAGUCUGAGAUUGAUCCAUAUAUCAAAGUUGGUGAAGAUUUCCAGAUAUAUGUAAGACCUCAAUCAGAUAUGCAUAGCUAUAGUUCUGAAAGUGAUCAACUAGCAGCAAAAUCUACUCUCUCAAACAUAAGCAACACAAUGGACCAUUCAAAUCUGAAGUUACUUGAUGUGGUUGUUGACGGGUUGUCAACAUUAUUUGAUCUGGAGAGGGAUGUCCUAGCUAAGCAACUGGAUGGGAAUUUCUUGCCUGAAGAUGCACCUUUUUUUGCAUUGGAGCCUGCAUUGAACUGGAAUAAUGGCCAAGCUCUUGAGACUGAAGAAUCAGUCUUGUUUGACGAGGAAUGUUCAAGGAGCUCAUCCGUCAACAUAGAAGCAGUUAACCAGUCACCAGUUAUGGAUAUCCCAGGGAACCUGUCCAAGACACUUCCAUCAGCUUCCCCUGGAGUUCUAAGCAUUGGUCAAUUGCUGGAGUCAGCACUAUAUGUAGCUGGUCAGGUGGCUGGGUCGUCUGUCUCAACCUCCCCUCUCCCCUAUGGUACAAUGGCUAGUCACUGUGAAGCUAUUAGUAUGGGCACAAGGAAAAAGUUAUCAAGUUGGCUAACUAGUAGUCAUGAUUCGGUGUCAAAUGAUCAACCACCAACUAAUGCGGAUGACCAAAAGUUCACGCAGAAGGUGAACUCGUAUGGGUUAGAACUAACUUCUGCUCGUCUGGAACCACUGCGAAGUCUGAGACUACCUCCUGCAAGCCCUUUCGACAACUUCUUGAAGGCGGCUGGUUGUUGACAGCAUGAAUGAUUAUCUACUCCGUUGCUAACCAGUGCCAGUGGAGCAUCUUUGUAUAAUUAGGUUUUAGGCUACUUGUUAGUGGAUUCUGACUCGCACAAACUUGGGUUUUCUGAAUUUUUGUGAUAUGUUUUUGUGCAGUGGAGUUAUAUUUCCCUGCUGCUUGUGUCCUGUGAUGAUAGGUAGACAGGCUACAGGCUUACGAAUAUGCUUUCUUGCAAACAUCUCGGAAACAUGCUCGAACAAAUGGUGAAAUUUUAGCUUUUGAAUGCAUUUCUUUUGUUUUGAAAAAAAGAUGGAUAAGAUGAUAAACUGAAAAGAUGAAUAUAUAUAUCAAAGACAAGCGGCUGGGUGGAGUUAUCUGUU